AGGUUUGGACUUUGCCCCCAAGCCCCGUGUGGUUAUGUUGUAGGUAGACCCCAUAUUUCUUAUGCUGCUACUAGUACCGUGAAUAUCAAUCAACGAAGGCGGCCAUUGUAGAUAUGUUUCAAGUUGAACUCCCAGUAGAAGCUUAGUAGACUUUUUUUACGUGUUCUCCAGCAUGAUUAAUCAUCAGAUGGGUCAGAGGAUAAACGUUUCAUCUCGUGCUUUUGUUAUAAUGUAAAGUCAAAAAGAACACAAAAAAGGUAUCUCACUGCUUCCCUUGUUCAUGAUGAUGAAGAGAUUUGCCACCUCUCGUCUCAUUUGCUUUGUGUCGCACGGCGGCGCUGAACUCAAACCACCGGUGCGCCGUGCCUCGUUUGCCGUCUGCUAGCGACAAGGAAGCAAGCAUCGCAGACCCGAUCAAUCAGAUCGUGGUUGAAGAUCGUGGUUGAAGACACGCAGAAGGAUCUACUAGUUUUCGUAACAUACUACCCUGUUGUGCUGGAACUACUCCGACCUCCACCCCAGACUCCCGCUCGAAAAUGGCCUUAACACCAAAAAGUACCGGCAUGCCUGGCACUCCCAGAGGCAAUGCCAGCGUCACAGAGUUUGAGCAUUUUAGGAGUUUUGCGACUUGUGAUCGCAUCUUCCUAAACCAAUUGCGCGAUGAGUUAGAAGUACGGAUUUUUCAACCGCAAAUGCAGAUCGCGACAGAAGGAGAAUUGGCAAGCGACGUUUUUCUCAUACGCCGGGGACAAGUGCGAUACAGUUUGAACGGGCAGCAUAUUCGGACGCAUACGGCGGGAGAAGUUUUUGGGGAGAUGGCGUGUUUGUUGAACCUACGGAACGUGGGAACGUUCGUGACAGAAGGGAUCUGCGAUAUCCGGGUAAAAUUCAGAUUUGACAUAAGUAUGAAUGGUAUCUUCAUUGGCUGCUGUCGUUUUUUUCGCGAAGUUAUCGAUGUGACUUUACCCAGUAAGUAUUUGAUUCCUCCAAGUCGUGAACUACCACUUCAAGGUGAUUUCCCAGAAGCUACUCCUUCGUGCACUGAAAGCCGCGGUCAAGCGUGGUCUCAAGCUGCAGGACAUGCCUUUUGUACUAGACGCGAAGAAACGCUUUAAGGAGGCGAGAGCUCUGUAUCCACGUGCUGGACUAAAGAUCGAGAAGGAAGCGUCAUCUUAUGGAGUUGCUUAAAUUGCUUCGGUCAUUAGAGGAAGUACAAUUAGACACAGCUACCAGUUGUAGUUACCUACUUAGCUUUAAAAACUCUAAUCUGCAGGAGACCCCACUAACUCGGACACGGAGGGUCGCUCAAAACGCGCAGCCAAGAGGAAGGAGAGGAAAGAGCGCAGAGCCCGUGAAAAUCAGAGCGGGAAAGACACGAGCCGGUCCAGUAGAUCGCCAGCAGCGUCCGACUCGGAACGAGGACAUCACGCAGGCAGUGGGGGAGGAGGCCAAAACACUAGCUCUUCCAGCACUGGUGCCAACAACGUCACUACUUCGUCGGGAGGUGGACCUACGUCGGAUCGAAAACGCUUAGACGAAUUGGCAAAACCGCAUCCACGAAGUCAAACUGGGAGUGCGAAUGGUACGCCGAGAGGCGGUCGGACACGGAGUGGAAGCCGCGUGAUCAGCAAUCAGACUGGUGGCGCUGGAGGUGCAUCUUCUGGAGGCAAUGACAGUAGUGGUCGUCCUGGUGGGUCUAGCGGUCGGUCCGGCCACGGUUCUUCUUCUUCUGGGAAUGAACAACGCAGGUCUCCACGUGCAACCACACCUCGAAGGUUCGAGGACAACGUGAUGUUUUUUCAACCAAGUACUAGCGCUGGAGCCGGUGGAGCAGGAGGUGGUGGAAAUUCAUCAUCGAAUACUGGAGCUGGAGGUGGCGGAGCUGCUGGUAGUACUAGAGGUGGUGGCCAAAUGCACCACGACGGUUCUGGUCUUGAGCACCAUCAAGUAGGAGAGCAACAAGGGUUAAAAACCGUCUUAGAGAACCCAAAUCAGAGGCCUCCACCAGUGACAUCCUCGCCUCCACGCUCGUCUAAUAAUUCACGACAGGGCUCCGUUCAGAGUAGCAGACGCACAAGUCGUGGUUCUGUGUCUAGUGUCAUGUCGCAAAUGUCCGCGACGAAAAAGCAUUUGUCAGUCCCUUUAGUUGAAAGGAAAAAGAAAGAUAAGCGAGGAAGUGGAGGUGGAACUACGAAUCAAAGAAGUAGUUCUAUGAAUAACGUCAGUACUACGACGAGUACAUCAGGUGGAACCAGCAGUGUUAGUGGAGCACCAGGAGCCUCAGGUUUUUCAGUGGUAGCCACUGCAAACCUGACUGAUAGAGAUAGAGCAACAAGUCCUAAGAACCUUGAUUCCGGUCGUCAAGCACCUCCAUCUCCGGGUUCUUCCAGUUCUCUAAACAAAUCAUCUACUCCCGCAGGAGCUGCUUCCGGUUCACCACGAUCAUUACUGCAACCUCAACAAACUCUCGCAAGAACCAGUCUCUCAAGUCCAGCAGCGAUUGCGCCAACAUCUUCACAACAUUUGCAUCCGACCUUACUCCAAAAUAGUCUGUCGCCUUCACCACAGAGGGGAAACAAGAACAAACUGGAGAUCGAGACUGCGCUUUUGUCUCCGUCUAGCGCGUCGCCGUCAAAUGCGAGCUCGGUGAGACAACAAGUAUUGGAAAGUCAAAUGCUCGCGGGGCAAGGAGGAGUAGAACAACAACCACCAGCAGCACCACCGGUGCCAGCACCUCCACCCGCCGCAACUAGUGCUCCCCCAUCCUCCUCGAGUCCAAUAACUGCGAACUCCUCUUCUUCCCCCUCAAGUGCGAAGCUAAGCGUUCCUUUGACCAAUAGCGCUUUGGAGCAAUUGGAAAAAUCUUCGAAGAACCCGGUCGACAUUGGUGCAAGCGGACAACACCAGCAUUUUUGGGCGAAUCAAUAUCCUUUAGGGCGUGAUGUGGGUGCAGGCGGUCUUCCUCUUCAGCAAGGUUCACCUUCCUCUCCAGCUGGAGAGUUGUUUCCUUUCGUUUCAGACUCAGAGCGUGACGGAAGCAACCUGCAACGACCAACACGUGAAGUGAUGGUCGACAGUUGUGCGAAUUCGUAUUACAACUACACCGACCACUCUCCGCGCUAUGAUUCUUCAACGACGCAUGCUAGGUCAGGCGUUUUUCCGAUGCGAUACCUUCAACGAAGACGAUAUCAAGAGUCAGCGGCAACUAGCAGCCCAACUAUGGAGCAAUCACCUCUGGGAGGGUCUGGAGGUGGGGGAGAGCUUGGCUCUGGCGGCAGUGGAGUGAACGGAGGGUCUAGAGGUGGAUUUCCCUUGGGUGGUGGAGGUGGAGGUGCGACAACAAGUACCAUGGGAGGACCGGGAGGCACAACUCUUCUAGGAGACUACAACUCUGCUGGUUCUGGGGGUGCUGUGCCUGGACAGAAUACAGGCUCCUACUCCAUGUCCUCCGCUUCACCUAGAUCUAGACACGGCAAAAACCACACGGCUACUUCAAGUACUAGCUACAUAACGAAGGAAAAGCGGAGAAAACUGAAAAGUUUGCGGAACAAAGUGCAAAAACGGUACAAGGAGGACACGAAUCGAGAGAUUGUUCUGGGAGACGAAGACGAUCGUGGCGCCGUUUCCAGCCGGUCUUCGCGGGAACCUAGUGGUCGGAGUACACUGUGCCCAAACAGUGUGAAUAGUAGUCGGUACGCCUCUACGAAAACGUCUCGAGAAGUGUCACGCAGAACCAGUUUCGACGUUUUCGGUGCCAGCAGAAAGAAAGUCACUGAGUUUUCACAGAUGGUGGCAGGAAAGAUUGGACAACAAGGCGCCGGUGGACUUGGUGCUGUCGAUAGCGCUUUGGGGGCAAUAGCAGCUGCAUCUGGUAUAGUUCCGGGUGGUGGCACCACGAAUCUUCAACAGAAUCCUGCUACUAGUAACAUCAUACCCGCAACUUCUUCAUCCAACACAACUACAUCAACAGGUCCAAAAUACUUGUCGUCAGCAACAGCUGAGAGUAGUCGGAGAACGAGUUUGUUCAUCCAAGAGCAGAUGAAUUUCUCACUCCCGAGUUCGCACAAUUCUUCCUACAACAGUACAAGGAAAAGCUCUGUAGUUGCUGCAACGCCUCCAGCACGAAGACAAGGAUCGAAACAUGUGCAAUUACAGACUGUACCCGUGAACAAAGGAGGACACUCAGCACAUGGGAGAGGGAGAGGAGUUUAUGGAGAACUUUUAUUGUGAGGACCGUGAAGAUGCUGAUGGUCGUGGUGAUGAAGUAGCGUUUUUUUGGCUCCUACAACGUCAUGAACAUGAUACAACUACUCGUAACUUCCAGUUCCACACACCCCUGUUGGCUUUGACUCCAUGACCAGAAUGUAGAGAGGUAAUCUUCAGGACCUAGAUCCCACGGCGCCCAUCGAGCAGGAAGGCAUGAUCAAUGCCGGCGUACGUCUAUUGGCAAUGACUAGUACCACCUCCAUGGUUACUUGUUCUAAUCUGAAUCCCGAGUAGAGCGUAGGCGAGAGAUGCGACAAAUGCGGAUGCUAGUCCAACAACCCGAGAGCUGUCGACGCCUAGCGGAGAAAUGGACCUUACCAGGUGAACAUCCUGUGAUCCGAAAUCUUCGAACAAAGCGGGUUAUCGAUCCGAGCAGAGAAAGGGAAAGCAGGAGUCCUGUCAAUGUCAUGCUUGCUUUAUGGUGUAGUGGUUGGUCAUGAACAAAGUCAACUUGGUCAUGGUCAUGCUGAUGAAAAGAAAUAAGUAUAAUGAUAUCCAUAAGCGUCCUAGUACAACUAGGAACAGGAAGUACAAAACAUAACUUCUAAUGAUAUCCAUAAUUGGCCUAGUACCACUAGGAACAGGAAGUACAAAAUUCAUAAGUAAUGAUAUUCAUGAUCGUCCUAGUGCAACUAGGAACAGGAAGCGGAAGUACUUCUAGUUCUAGUAGUUCUAGUAGUUGAUAUAAUUGUACUAUCUACUUCUUGUUCUUCUUGAUGUUGUUGCAGAAGUUCAGGUUAGGGUCGGCUCUCUCUGUGGUGUUACUUGGUGGCACCAGAGAUUUCGCCAAUACCCCUCUCGGAGAGAGCAAACGAGAGGCAGUGGUCCUAAACAAAAACAAGUUCUAACCUGUUCGACCACCUCCGAUACAUCUGGAAAAAGGGGCACGACGACUACAGCGGAACAGAAAAAGCGAGCCCUUGGAGUUGGAGGGCUAGCCGUCACGCCUGCUUCUGUCUUGAGUGACAAGCAGUAUCUUUUUAAGCCGCUGUUAGCUGGCUCUAGCGCAGCAUCUUCACAUAAUGUUGUACAACAUUCUUAGAUAAAAAACUUUGACUCACAAUGUGCAUAGUGAAGAUAAAGAAAGACUAAGACAACAUAUAAGUGCAAUGAUUUAGGUGUGAAAUUCUUUGAGCUGCAUAUAUUCUCCGUCCCAGUAUUCUUGACGUAUAAGAAAAUGUUUUUGGACACUAUGUACUCCCCGGGCCCGGGUGCCCCGGGAGACGUUAAGGAAGGGAAAGGGAUACUUUAGGGACGUGGGCAGGGGUGAAUGGUUUCACAAGGUGAAACGGGCGCCCGAAGGGCGCGCACUCCCCUCCGCGCUGCGGCAAAGGGGAGCGGGAGCGCGCAGGCUUUAAAUACAAGAGGAAGGUGGCAGUACUGCCACCGAUUCCCCCUGAAAAUGUGGCAGCAUGAAAGGCCUUCAGUGUUUACUUGAGAGGCGUCUUAGGGGUCCUUCAGUGUUUACAUUAAAGGCGAGGGGCCCUCUAGUGUUUACAUUACAGGCGCCUUAGGGGUCCUCUGGUGUUCACAUUAAAGGGGAAGGAAGUCCUUUAGCAUUCACAUUAGUGGCGUCUUAGGGGUCCUCUGGUGUUCACGUUAGUGCUCGGGGGUUUUUCGUAGUAUGUAAAUAGUC